AAUACCCAUGUCUGGCAUCCAUACAAAGUUACAAACCCUUUCCUCUGAAACCCCAAACAAGGCUGACACAACUAACACAUUUUUCAACACUGUUUUCCUGCUCAAUGACCCAGACUAAACCAGCAGCAGGGGAAGGAUAAAAGGUUACAGCCUAAUCCAUUCCCUCAUUAUAUCUUUCCCUGUAAGAAGAGUUCAUGAAGAUCUCCUCCAUGCUUGUCUUCCUCCUUCCUUUCCUCUUCUUACUCCUCCAUCCUUCUCAUUCUACAACAGUGCUGGUUGAUGGUGUUUCAGAGUGGAAAAACGCCACUGUUCAUGUUGGAGAUUCCAUAAUUUUCAACAACAAGUAUCACUAUAAAGUCUACAUUUUCCGGAACCAAAGUGCCUUUAAUCUCUGCAACUUCACUCAGGCUACUCUCCUCACCAAACCCAACUCCACCUCCUACACGUGGCACCCAUCUCGUCCUGGUUUAUACUACUUCACAUUCAACAAUGACUCCCUGAAAUCAUGCCAAGCUUCCCAAAAGCUGUCCAUUAAGGUCUCCCCUGCAACCUCCGCCCCAGAGUCAUCUCCCAUGCUAGCUCCAGCACCGACUUCAGGUGGAACCGUGUCAUCUUCUCCAGCACCGCCUUCUGGUGGGAUGGUGUCAUCUUCCCCAGCAUAUCCAUGGCCGUCCCAGCCUCAUGAAGCAGCCUUACCGAGUCCAGCGCCUAGUAAUGUCAUUUCUCCGGUGUCAAUGCCAACAAUAGUUCCAGACAAAGGUGGGGGCAUCCCUUUUAUCAACAGUAACCCCGCAGUCCCUCUACCUACUGGUGAAGUUGAUUCUGCUACCAUUCUCCCUUUGUCCUCCUCUGAUCAUGGAAGACAGGUGAUGGUGGGGUUACUUGCAGGUCUGAUGACUCUCUUUUCUGUGGUUCUCCUAAUGCCAUGAAUAUUAUUAAGUUAAAACAAUGGAAAAGAGAGAAGUGUAUGGCAAUUUGCUGUAAAAAAAGUGGAGUUUUAGAAAAUGUAAUUUUAGUUUGGAUUAAUUAAAAAACAUAUUAGUUUGUGAUUGAAAUGACAUUCUUGCCAUUAACAAAUUUCUUAUUUCUUAAUGGAAAAAAUGUCAUUUUGAACCCGAAACUGGUAUGAUUUUGAGUUAGUCCAGAAGGAAAAUGCAUCUGUUUUUUCCUUUGUUGGGGUGUGUAGUUGAAGUUAGAACAGUUGAAUGGUCAGCAUUCAGCUGUAAAGUUGAGGGAUUAGAGGGGGAGGUUAAAGUAGCUUUUAUAAGGUGAUGAUUAAUUAUUGUUCCACAUUCCCAUGUAAUAUGCCCUACUUUAGAAUCAUUACCACUUUUGGUCUUUAGUUUUCUUUGCCAUGCAAUUGAGUACACUG